AUGGAGGACGGAGAUUUAGAGGACUGGGAGCUGGUCGACCGCACUGAGGCUAGGGCCCAACAGGAGAAGGCCCGGAGCCUUCAUCACAAGAAGUGCGAGCAGGAGCAUCGUCAGGCCGCAGAGGCGCACCGAGCCCUCAUCAAUGCACAGCAGGCGGCAGAGCUGGGCAAGCUAAGAGCCAAUGAAAGGUGCAUCGACGAUGUUCAUCGGGUCUGUUGCAUCCCAGGCACUGCCACAAGUAUUGUGGGAAUUCUUCUGGAGACACCUCUUGUUAUUCGUACCAAGACGGAGCACCGCUUCGGAGACGCGCAGAAUAUUAUCAUUACUGGUCUCUCUUUGAAGGCUGGUGCGCCACAUUCUGCUGCUUCUUUCUUGUGUGAGCUCAGCCGAGACCACGUCGCACGCUACGUUGAUGAGUGCAGACUGUCGCUACCAGGAACUGCCAAAUGCCCGUGUGAACCAGAGGAAGUCGAGCAGUUUAUCUGCCUUGACAAUGCAGAGGUCAAGUUGUCCAUCUCUUCAUGGGGUAUGGGGCGCACACCAAUCACCCACAGCGCUUUACAGGCCAUUGCGCAAACCGCAAAAGCUUCGGGACUGGGCUGUGCAAUUGAAACUGCUCUGGCGACCGUUCGAACUGCCUGUGGCGGUCUCCAGCACUGCGCAGAGGCGUUGGCGGGACACCUGGAGCAUAGGCAGCGACUGACAGAAGACGGUGGCUCGGAUGCUCUGAUACAGAUGUCCUCGGCCCUCAAGAAUGUGAGUGGAGCCCGGGUUCCUAUACUGGAGGUGAGCGCCAAACAUCAGUGGGACAUUCUUCGCGAAGCUGUGCAGCCUGAUCACUGGAUUUCGUCUCGAACGUGCCAUGAAUGCAUGGAGUGCUUCAAGCCGCUUCGGAGCCUUCGCGUGGAGAGAGAGUCCCGAGAGGAUUCGGAGGGUGCAGAUGGAACAGACUGGAGCUCAGCUCACCAUUGUCGGCAUUGUGGCCGAGUGGUCUGCCACAACUGCGCGGUCGUCCGUGAGUGUGUCCCUUGGCGUGGGGAGUUCCAGCCCGUGCUUGUGUGCAAGCCCUGCAAACCCGUGGUGCUCUUGAGAAACCUUUGCCUCCAACACCUGCAGAGCUUCAAUGCUCAGAUCGAGCUGGUGGCCGCGGGCCUCAGCCCACCUGUGGAGCCGACGAAAGGUCGGGGGAAAGGACCCCCGCCCAUCCCACCCCCGCCACCCAAGGGCAAGGGUCGAGGGACUGUCCAGAUCAAGACUGGGGACGCACGACGCGGCCGCGGCUUGGGAGCUCUGGGAGAGGACAUCAAGGAUCAACUCAGUGAGCUGGCAGAUUUCGUGGUGGUUCCUGCCGGUGUCGCUGCUAGGCCCAGGGCAGCCAUCAGCAAACCCAAGGAGGUUAUCAUCUUGACCAAGCACGAGAGCCUGAAGUGGCAUGUGGCAAGCAAAGGCUACCGUCCGCAUCUUGCGGAGAUUCUGCGGUGCCUGGAAAGUCUAGAACUCCAGGAUGGCUCCAGCGACGUCUGGUUUGAUGCCCUGGAGCAGAUCCUGCCCCUCGAAGAGAAGCUCUCGGAGGAAAGCCUCCAAAAGCUCCAGGCUCUGAAGCCUCAAGACGAGGAGAAGCUCCGGGAGUACGAACAGCACAUACGCUUGCUUCUCGCCGUGCCACAGCUGCCGAUGCGUUGGCGCACUCUGCGACUUCUGCGUGACCUGCGAAGCGAGCAGGCAAGCUUUAUCUCCAAGUGUGCUGCCAUUCAAGCAGCCUGUGCUGCCCCACUCGUCUGCAAUACAGACGGCAUGUGGGUUCUCCGGAGCGAGGUCAAGAACGUCAUCGCCGCGCUGCACCACGGCAUCCAGCCGAGCUGUGAAAGGUUACAGGAGCUCGUCUCACGGACCCAGGUUGGCAGUGGCAAGCUGUUGCUGAAAAAGUUGUGGCAAGCAGGAGAGAAGCAUCAGUACAAGGACUUUGACACAAGAGGCUUUGUGCACAUCUUGGCGCCUGUGCUUCUGGAGGGAGACGCAGCAUGCGCUAUGCAAGAGCUGAUCCAGCGCUUCUUGGAUCUGCGCAAACGCCAUGGCGAGCUCUUGUCCAGCUGCCCGAUGGAAGAACUGGCACAUCCACAGAACUUGCGGGAGGCCUUGGAUAGCAUGAUGCUGACUUUCCAAGAGCUCGAAGCACAGAUGAUCCGGUGCUUGGAGCUUGGUGGUCGAUGUCUGGUGGCAUUGGGACAGUGGUACGAAGCCAAGCCCCUGAAGAGCUUGGCUGAGUCCGCGGUCCUUGCCCGGGCCAUGGAUCAGAACCUGCAGAGCCUGAAGAAUCUGACACGCAGCUUGCGGGACGCUCAACCUGACGAUGUCAAGCGGACACCAGCCGCCAAAGCUCGCAGCAGAUCGAGUCUGAGUACAUGCAAGCUGCCCAAAGCCUUCAAACGAAAAAUUGCACCGGAAGCUCGCAGAGCCUCGAAGGGGACGCGCCCAACAAAACCAUCAUCGGACGAGGAACCGACACAGAGGGCGACGGGUGUGCAAUUCCGUGAUGCCCAGGACCAGGAGCGUUUCGGAUCCAGCUCGGAGGAGACUUGCGACAGUGACGAGGGACGACCUCGACCUCGGCGAGAUCGCGACUUUCAGACUGAGCGAAGCUGA